UUCCCAUCCGUCACGCCUACCGCUGCUGCUCCCGUUGCUCCAGUUGCUAGCAAUUCUUUCGGUAAUGGAGUUGGCUUCUCCCAAAACGCUCCUCUUCCGCCUUUCCCGAACGACUUCAGCCAAUCCCCCGGCUCAGCACCACGACCACCAGCUGCACAAGCUGCAAAAACCGUGCAAAAAGAGCGAGUGGAAGAAUUACCAACAAUCAACGUCAGCGAUGAGAAGAAAAAGGGAGUUUACAAAGCCGACCCAUUGCCUAAAUCGGAAGUGUCCACUGAGGAAACGUUACCCAUCCUCGGAGCUAGUCCUCCAAUGACUAUCAAAACUAAACAAGGUGGAAUUAGAACAUUCUUGGAAAACAACAAGAGACUUGUCGUCGAGGAUUCCGACUUGACCGAAGGUGGAACAAAACGACGAGACUCUCUGUCUUGUCCUAAUGGUUUGCAAGAACUUCGUUACGCUGAUGGUCGUCCUGUAAUGUGCUUGCCAGGGAAGAAUCAGUGCCCAGAGAAAUCAGUUUGCUACUUCAAUGGAGUAGACUUCUUCUGUUGUCCUAACUCCGAAGAUCCCUAUGACAAGCAUGUCUUUGGAGGUGAGUUCAAACUUCUUCGCUCUCCGUGA